AGAGCAACUCAAAGUGCUCCAAGAGCUGGAACAUCGGGAUUUCGUGCUCCUGAAGUUUUACUAAAGUAUCCACAACAGACAACAGGUAAGCAAAAAUAUAGAAUAAAACAUGUAAACUUACUAAAUAUUCUUAGAAAUUGAUGUUUCGAAUACACUAUGCCGGCACUCAGCAGUGUCUGGAAUAUACGUAACGGUCGGCAAUCCGCUAUUGAUAUAGAGGAACCAGAUUUGACUUCCACUACCGCUACCAUUAAGGAACCAUUGACAAAUCAGAUGCGUUUGAUAUAUUCGAUUAACCAAUCAGAUACGUACUAAGACAGUUAGAGUUAGAGGUAUAGUAGUAGUGGUAGUGGAAAUCAAAUCUGAACGUCUAUAUUUGCCAAUAAAAACACUAUGAUCGAUUAAUUUUAAUCUGCACGGAAAUUUUGACCGUUCAAAUAAAUUAAGGUGGCUCCCUACAGUUGUCUAAAAUUUUAAAUAUUUUAAGUAACCUUCGUUUUCAACCAAAUUUAUAUUGAAUAUACUUAAGGUGGCUCCCUACAGUUAGUACAGUUUAAAUACGAUUUAUAUAGAUCAGAUUUCAUCCUCGCGACCUGCGCGUGGAAUCGUGUUUACUGUUCUGCAAAAAUAUUGAAACAAGCCGUGGGAAGUUUUUUGGCGUUUUUUAUCUACAAAGAAAGCCACAGUUUUUCAUUAUAAUCCUAUUUUUUUCUGAAUUCGAACAGUACGUAUGUUAUUAACUAGUUUAACCUAUCUUUUAGUGUGUUUUUACGUAUUUACGUUCAGUAUUGUCUUUCAUAUUGCUCAAAAUUUUCAACUUGUUGUUUUGCGAGCUGUCAAACUGAAAUGACAGUGUCUUCUAUUAACUCUUGAACAGUAGUGAACUGUUGCCGAAACUUAUAUAAGUUCUGUCAAUCAAUUCAAUUUACAGGUAUCGUUUUAUCUGCUAAAUCAAAUAAAACAGUUAUGAGUUGUUUUAUAUGAAAAGUUAAACUUGUAGUUCGAUGUUUUGAAAAGUUUUCACACCGACUUUAACAACAAAAACAAAUGUAAACUAACACUGGAUUUAAUACAAUGCGUAUAAUAGUGUUUUUUUAUUAGUAUUUUCAAGAUUAAUAUUUUAUUUUCAUGUCAAACAAGUCAGAAAUAUCUGUUUUCUUAUGUAUUGUAAACCAAAAAGUUGAAAUCACUAUAAAUCACACGCUACAAUUUACACGCAUGCGCAGAUCGUGCUCAUGUCGAGUCGAUUUUUUUUCAUGCUGGCCACGCCGAUUUUAGCGAUGAUUUUCUCGUGUUUUCUUCGGUGAAAUUUUUUUAAACUUUGUAUUUUUGUUAAACAAGAGGAAUGGUACAACAUAUCCAAAUUUUAAGAAAUUCUAUAGAUAACUUUUUCUGUAACCGUCAUUCACGAAUAUCUCGAAAACUUAUUUAUAAAUUCCCUUCAAAUUUUGAUAUGUUUUUUCUUUAUGGACCAUAAAUCUUCAAAAAAAAUUUCAGAAAAAUUCACCGAAGGAAAAUAUAGAUAUUGUCCAUUUAUUGUGAAAUUAGGCAAUAAAAGUGCAAAAGAUUACACGUCAUGGUUGCCAUGGCAACACAAACACUGUUUUAAUUUGUUCAUAAAUGGACAGCACACAGCUUCUGAACUUUCCUGGAAAUGAUCAUAUUGCCUUGUCUUAAGUGUAUCUAAUAUAAAUUCGGUUCAAAGCGAACGAUACUCAAAAUACCUAGAAUUUUAGAGAACUGUAGGGAGCCACCUUAAGAAAGGGCAAUUGUUUCAAAAUUCUUACCAGGCCACAAAGAUUCCGCGCACGGGUCGCGAGGGCGACAUCUGAUCUAUGACGGUUAAGUAAUGUGAUUGAUCGGGAAAUGAUCAGCAUGAGCUAUUAAUGUAAAUAUUGAAAAGCUGCUAGGGGUGCACCGGAACUAAUAUAUUAAGCCAUAUAUAGUCAUAUGUUACUUUGUCCGCUACCAGACAGGCAGACACUUCAAGUCAUCAAGGAGAGAGCUUGCAAAUGUUAGAAUAAAAAGAUUGACAAACGUUAAACGCCAUAAUGAAAUGUUAUAGUGUAUAUUUCCCUUGCGUAGUCCAAAUUUCUUCCUACUGUGACCUUUUGUUAGACACAAAAACGUUUGAUAUUCUAUCUCUCUGAAACAGACAGAGUUCCGGUUCCGGCCAUGCUUUUUCUACUAGUUCCGGCCGGAACCGGAACUCUAAAAAAUCGGGGUUCCGGCCGGAACUAACCGGCCGGAACCGAGUUCCGGUGCACCCCUAAAAGCUGCAUGACCAACUAUUGUCAGCCAAUGUACGAGAACUGCACAGUUGGUUGGACCAUGGAUAAUAAAAUAAAUGGAUAGGAAACUAGCUGACGUGACCUAAUGUUUUUACUGGGAUUGAUGGCGUUAUUGGAUGCCUCAACCUAGUUGAAAAUCAAAUUCUCAAAAACGGCAUGUUUAGCAAUAAUACAGCUAAAGAUUUUAGUCAAAGAACAAAUAAAUGUAACCACGCCAUUCUACGAUGAAAACUCUUAAGUAUUCCCAGUCAAUUUUAGCAAAUAUUUCAAGCACUAAACAGUGAAAAAUACAUCGCAAAUUUCGUUAAAAUUUGUGACGCCAAUUUCGUAGCUACAAAUGUAAAAAAAUACAAAACAAAGACGAAAUACUUGAAUACUUUGUCGUGGCUUAGGCAUGUUUUUAAACAAUUAGACCAAUUUACGCUUCAAGAUCACCCUUUUAAAGUGGAAAAUAUAGCAAAACAACAAAAAUGACGUCAGAAGUUUCCUAUCCAGUUAUUUUACAAUCCAUGGUUGGACAUCUGUCAGACCCAAGCGAAAUGGGUGAUUCCAGCUAUAGGCGAAAUUUUGAUCUAGGCAAGAAGAACGAAAUCCAUUACCAUAGCUGGAGAGAGCAUCUUACAAUGAGUAAAAUUGCAUUACGCGUGGGAAAAAUAACCAUUUUUGAGCCGAAAGUGCAUGUUAUUUUUACCGUGGGUAAUGUACAAAAUUUGCAAACUUCACAGGGCUAUAUUUUCUUCAUUUUACAACCUGUAGCAACCAAUCUUAAGUUUGCAGUUUUACUCAUUAUAAGACGCUCUUUCUAGCUCUGGUGUUGGAUUUCGUUCUUCUUGCUUUGAUCAAAAUUUAGUCUACAGGCUGGAAUUACCCAUUGUUAUAAUCCACACUGUACGCCAUCAAAACUUUUAGUACAGUAUGCAGGCAGCAGUUGUAAUAUUCUUUCUUAUUUCAGCCGUAGAUGUGUGGUCUGCAGGAAUAAUAAUGUUAUGUCUUCUGAGUGGGAAAUAUCCAUUCUUUCGUUGUAUGGACGAUAUGACAGCCAUAGCUCAGAUUAUUACUGUAUUUGGUAAGCAACGUGUAGUGGAAAGUACGAAACAUUUGGGUAAGUUUGUACCAUUUAGCCAUUUACUUCAGGUUUAGAUUAUAUAUUUUGUGUUCAAUGUAUAGACCACAGUAAGACUUUUUUUAAUGUGUUUAUUACAUCAACAAACGACGUUUCGGGGAUUUACUCCAUCUUCAGAUUACAAUUUGUAAUCUCAUCUACCUGAAGAUGGAGUAAACCUUCGAAACGUCGUUUGUUGAUGUAAUAAACACAUUAAAAAUGUCUUAUUGUGGUCUACACAUUGAACGCAAAAUAUACAGUUAACACGAGGCUUAGGGAAAGUUCGUUCUUAAACGUUUAGAUGAUAGCUACUGUAGCUUCACUCCCUCCAUAUGGUUUUGGAGCUGACCUGUAACUCCAGAAUUCUUAAUUCAACGUUUUUAAAGCGCACAUUUGAACUUGGGGCUAACCUUUGGAGACUAUGGAGGCAGCAUCACUCCAUGGCUCUAUAACUUCUGCUGCUUUCAAGACUACUGCAUUAGUGUAUCCUAUACAGAGUGGCCACGGGUCUUGGAAAUCUUGGAAAUUCUUUGAAUUUGAAAAAAAUAUUAAUCUAGUCUUGGAAAGUCCUGAAAUUUCUUUCCCGCUGUCAGUGAUAAUGCUCGAACAUAUUUAGACUACUAAUCUUGAAUAAAUAUAUAGCAAUGUUUCAAAAAGCAAAAUGUGUGCCAUUUUUGAAGAUUUUGCUAGUUUCAGGGAAAAGUCCUGGAAAGUCCUUAGAUAAGCUAAAUUUCACCUUCAGUAAAGUAUGUACCGGAGGUGCGCCAAUACUACGGUCUGAUAUACUUCUGUUUUAAUUCCAUCUGCGUACUUUAUUAUAACUUUUUGCUAUCUUCGUACUUUAUAAUCAUUUGACCUUUCGAAGCCCAAGUUAUCCAUAACCAUAAGCUUGUCGUUUAUGUAUAAGUCUAACAUGACUUAGCAUUAAACAUAUGAUUGGACUGAGUGUUUGCAUAUGCAAUUAAUAUGCUCCAUCUAAAACUCUUAGUUUCAGGUUACUGAAUGAAUACCUUUCAGAAACCUGUACUUCACCUACUUUGUUUUAAAGACUAAGUACACCUUGAGUCUUAAGUUUGUACCAGCUUAUGUACAAGCCAAUAAUCAUUGGAGUACCUUCCAGGUACGAGUAAAAAUUUUGAAUUAUCGCACGGUAGAAGGUGGAAAGCCUGCCUAUAGUUUGCCUAGCCCUCACGAAACUGCAUACCAUCAGAGACGUGUCUCACAAUUAUCUCUUAAUCUUCUGCUCAGGCAAAUACAUGGUCACCAACAGCAUUUCAUCUGGAUACGAACUCAAAGAUCUUUGCCAGAAAUUGCGCGCUGCAAAACGAAAAGAACACGAGGAAAGCAAAACAAAAUGCUGUUCAUCGUGCAGUAAACUUUUAGCAAAGAAUAAAAGUAACCCUUCUUCGCCUGUUUCGAAUUUGAGGAGAACAAGUUUACGAGCUAGGGAAUGUAUUUCGAAGGAAGGCAAUGCAAUAUUUAGUCCGAAAGCUGAUGCUGAAGGCAAUUGUCAAGCUGGUGGCAUUGAUCGUAAAGAUACUAUAUCAACAAAGAGCUCCAUGGUCGGUGAUUCAAAAGUGAAAAAUAUUUCUCAAGUUCGUGGAAAUCAGGAGGAAAACACUUCCCACGUUUGUACCCAAAAUGCUAGAAACAUGCAGUUUGGAAAAGCUCGAACUGAAAUUAAAAAUCCCAAACCAGAGAAUUUAAGUAAAGGUUAUUCAGACAAAACUAAAGUUGAUGAGCAACUUUCGGAAUCUAAUGAUCUGCGAUCGAACAGUGUUUCAGAUGUAAAAUCUCAUACAUUGAAAGAGAAAACAAAAGCUCGGUUUUUGUCGGAAGGCGAUCAUCCCAUUUCGGAAAAAUCCGAAGAUUGUCCACGUGAUCAGACCGGAAGUGGGACCUCCCGAGAGCAUCUUGAUGGAAGCCGCUGUGUGUGUGAUUGCGGCUCGUGUCCAGAGUAUGUCCCGAUUUCGACAUAUGAUCUGCUAGAGAGGUGUCUGGAUUUGAACCCUGCGACUAGGAUUACCGCCAGUGAGGCUUUAAAGCAUCCAUUUCUUCGGGAUAGUAAGAACUCGAGAAUUUCUUCACAGCCAGAAAGAUGAAUAAUGUUGUUUGUAUCAAACUUAUAGACAUCUCCUCAUCCAAAUUAUAUUUAUUAACCAAAUGUAAAUGUGGAGUCUAAAGAUACACUCGGUGAAUAAUAGGAGAAUGUACGGAACAUAGGCGAGUUUCACCAGGGCGUUGUAAAACACCUGUGUUUUAAUACGCCCUGGUUUCACGAAGCACGAUCGUGCAGCAGAUGGUCAGACUUCUGGUAAAUAUCGCUGACUAUGGAGAUGAUAGGGAGUGGCAGUUCCUAUCAAACAUACAGUGUGAGAGAUAUACGCCUGUAUUCUAAAAACUCACACUCAAAGAGUGGAGGUUCAAUCUGAGCUUCCCUUGACUGUCAGUGCUGGUUUGGAAUAGCUGGAGAGUGAGUAGUCACAUAAUAAGGUACGAGACUAACACCUGUAUUGUAAAAGCACACUCGCCCUCAAAGAGUGGAGGUAUAAUCUGAGCUUCUGGUGAGUGUCAAUGCUGUUUUUGAAUAACUGGAGGGUGAGUAGUCACAUACAUAGUAAGGUACGACACUAACCCUCCAGCUAUUCAAAAACAUCAUUGACACAUAAGGGAAGCUCAGAUUGAACCUCCACUCAUUGAGUGGGAGUAUGAGUGAGCUUUUAGAAUACAGGCGUCACCCUCCAGCUAUUCAAAAACAGCACUGCCAGUCAAGGGAAGCUCAGAUUGAACCUGCACUCUUUGAGUGUGAGUGAGCUUUUAGAAUACAGACUAAUUUCCAGUGCCUCUCAAUGUUAACAUUUUUGCAGUUCAUUACCAUCUGCUGCCCUGUAAUGCUUACUCAAACCAGUGAACCCUGUAUAUAUCUGGAGCAACAACUUCAGUCAUUCGGCCUAUGAGAAAAGUGAAGCCAUUGGAGAUGGCGGCCAUUGACGUCCAAUCGCUCUGAAGGUCGUUAACAGUUUUUAUACAAUUUUCCCAGCUAAAUCCAGUUUUUUCUAACGGACCGUAUCGCUAAUUAAGUUUUCAGUUCAUAUAAUAUUUGUCUUUAAAUCGAAGUCAAAAUGCGAAAUUUCGGCACACUCCUUGCCAAGGCGGAAAUUGAAGAGCUUUUGGACUUCAGUUCCAGUUCCUAUUGUUUUUGUCUGCGUGGCUAACUCGAAGUUGGCUUCACUUUCUGGCAGUCGAGUUCUCGGUCCAGAUAUAUAUAUAGAGCUCACUGACUGAACCCCACCAAAUAUUAUGUAAAACCAUAUAAAUUAUAGUUAAUACAAUGACAUGGUUAGGCAAGCCGACAAACUUCAAAGAUACUAUCGAAGAAUGACAAACAUGUAGGUUGAACGAGGUUGGAACAUGCACAAAAUGUUUUUAAGACUUGUUAGAAAUGGCUAAACGAUGGAACAGAAACAUCCUCUGUUGAAACAUGUUUAUUACAUGUAAAAUAUCGCAAUUCGUUUUGAGUGCUUAAAAAUUGUGCACCAACCAGCAGCCAAAACACUUCUUGCCCUUUCCCUACGUAUCAACCACUUUAGUAGAUGCGUGUAAAACAAUAGCAUCACAAAAGAAUUAUUAACCGUGAUAUAUGAUAACCUAGAUAUACAUGAUAACCUACUGUAUAUCUAGAUAUACAUGAUAACCUAGAACAAAAAAGUCUCCUAACCAUGUACGUUCGUUAACUAUGACAAAACACACUAAUACGCAUUCUUGAUCUCGAAAAGUAUCUUCACAUAUCUCCGGUAUAUAAACAGUAGUGUGUAAAAAUGUAUUGUGUAAAAAUUUAAAUUUAUUUUGCUUCAGAAACAGAUGUCGAUGUCAUAGUGCGUGUUUAUUUUGAAUAAAGCUAAUUGACCAUUUGCGUAAUAGACUAAAUUUUGAACUAAACAAGUCUAGACAAAAAUUUCAUUACAACUUGAAG